UGCCACAUAAAUGAAUGUUAAAUGGUUUCGGAAGUUUACUGUUGACAUCAUUUGGAAUUUUAAUCUAUGUAAAUAUUGAUAAUAUAUUGUAUCAUAUGGUUAGGCGGUUAAUAAGUGAGCGAAGUUAUAUGACUGGAUGGUGUAAAAUGUGCUCGUUUUUCGCGUUACAAAACAUAGGUUAAAAUAUCGUUAAAAUCAAGUCGUAACGCUUUAUUUAGCCCUUCAUCUGGACUGCAAAUUUCUCAGUAGCUCACUGUUGCUGAUUUUGCGGAUAUUAACUGAAUACAUAGACAUGGAUAACUAUGAUACAAGAAAUGGCGAGUUGCCAGAAAUAAGGCGCCAGAAUAAAUUGACGAGAAUAAUUCGUUUUUAUGUUAAUGUCGCGAUUUAUUAAAUUAAAUAUAUUAAAGUGCAUUAUAUAAAGAACAAAUGUGAUAGGAAUGCAACAGAAUUAGUUACCGUAAACACUAAACCAUAACAUGGAGAAAUCAACAGAAACCAAUAAUGAAUCUUCAAUACAACCUCUUAGCCAUUUAAUCACAUCGAAACAUCAGUGUCUUGAAUCGCGUCCGGUAUAUACAAAUACGUCGUAUAGCCCGUAUGUAAAUCCAUAUUGUAGUCCUCGGAGUAAUCGCAAGCGCCCCCCUUUACGAGAGUCUCGCCGCGUUUCUAUAGAACAAUCGGGCAGCUUUUUACAAUUAAAUCAAUACAAGCUUAUGGAUCAAAUUGGUCAGGGCUCGUAUGGCUUAGUUAAAUUAGCAUACUCUGAAGAAGACUCCACCCAUUACGCAAUGAAAAUUCUCUCUAAACGUCGAUUGAUACGGCAAGCUGGAUUGACAAAACGUGGUCAACAAAAGCCCAUUUCGCCAUUGGAAAGAGUAUAUCGGGAAAUUGCAGUGCUAAAGAAAAUAGAUCAUCCAAACGUUGUUAAAUUGAUUGAGGUAUUAGAUGAUCCAAUGGAGGACUCGCUGUAUAUGGUUUUUGAACUAGUAAAGCAAGGAUGUGUACUUAACAUUCCAACAGACUCACCACUAGCUGAAGAUAAAGCUCGAGAUAUUAUUCGGGAAACGAUUCUUGGUUUGGAGUACUUACAUUAUCAGCAUAUUAUUCAUGGUGAUUUGAAACCUGAGAAUCUGCUACUCACUGAAUUUGGGCACGUUAAAAUUGCCGAUCUGGGUGUGUGCAAUGAAUUUUUUGGUGAAGAUGCAAUGAUUAGUAGUGGAACUACUGCAGGUACACCGGCUUUUAGAGCACCAGAAUCACUGCGACUCGGACAGCAUGCAUUUUGCGGAAAAGCGGUUGAUAUUUGGGCUCUCGGAGCAACGCUUUAUGCACUUGUUUAUGGAAACGUCCCAUUUGUUGCAAACUCAAUUCCAAUUCUUUAUGAGAAAAUAAAAACAGAUCAGCUUGUUUUUAAAGACGCUCCAAUAAUUAGUGAACAGCUAAAGGACUGUAUUUUUAAAAUGUUGACCAAAAAUCCUGAAACCAGAAUCAAUUUGCAGCAGUUAAAAGAACAUCCUUGGGUGACAAAAGAUGGAACAAAUCCUCUUCCCAAUGAAAGUGAGAACUGUUGCUUGGUUAAGGUCAGCGAGGAAGAUAUGAAUGCCGUUGUGCAGAGUAUUCCCAAAUUAGAUACUCUAAUUUUAAUAAAAACAAUGUUAAAAAAUCAUUCCUUUGGAAACCCGUAUAGCAUCGGUGUUUUACAACAAUCACAACCAAGCAGUGUUGCCCGAGCGGAACGCUUUGGUCGGGCUGGACGCUCAAAUUCAGCACCUGGAUCAUACAACCAGAUGUCGCCAGCUCAAAUGUUACAAACGGAUCUUGGUUUGUGAAUCAGCACAUACAGCGUGCCUCAGCGUACCAGUACCUGCGUACAUUCCUGCAUACACGCACACUCUACACAUUCAGUUCCAAUAGUCUUGAAGAAGUCAACAGCAAAAACCGUAUCGUAGACAGUUGUUCCUGCGGCAUAAUUUACGUAGAAGCUGAACAGAGCGGAUCUCCUAUUACUAUGUAUUUACAAUAUAAUUUUUAUUUAGUGUACGCUUGCAUGGAAAAAUUCGUACGUAUGUUUUCCUUCAUUCUUUAACUUAAUUUGUUUGCGUCUUUUUAAAGUACAACUCGUACGACCGCCAUUUUUUUUAUUCUCCCGUUCUUUUAUUAGGAUGCCCGUGAAGUGGGGGCGUGUUUUCCUAUUUUCCCCAUCCCUCCUAGCAUAAAAACCGCUGCAGUAAUACGUACAUAAGUUUGUUUCUGUAUGCUCAUCACUAGAUGAGUGCAAGAAUAGCUGUGCUUUUUUACGCGCAUAUGCGUCUGCGCCUAAAAUUAUUAUAGUAUGAAGCAAUAAGCGCACACUUGUAGAUGCUCUUACGAAAUAGUUGCGGAUGGGACUGGUGCUACCAAAUUUUAUUAUACAGUUUUAUCGGCUUUUUGCUACCUGCUUUAUCGACCAUAAAUAUUAAAUGACAUGUGAGCAGAGGAGAUGUGCGUUGAUAUCGUGCAAUACACUUUCAGAAUUCUGAAAAGAAUAUAAUAUAAUACUAACAUUUCUUAACGCUUGCAUUUUUUAGCUCGUAAUUUACUGUAAUAAAUAUUGGAAUUAAGAGGAAAUCAUAGAAUGAGAGAAUAAAUCAUACGCACAUACGGUUUGUUUAUUUCGCUCAAAUCGUCUAAUUCGCCAAGAACGAAGUAGUAGUUUUCGUAGCCUUCCGAAAUUAAACAAUUAAAUUAUAGUUGGGGAAGCAUGCGAUAAGAAAUCCAACUGUAUAUUCACUUCUCUCUCAGUUCUGAACAAAGAAAACCAUCUCUGGCACGCGCAGUAUUUGCCAGAGUUGCAAAAAAUUACCAAAGUACAUUUUUUCUAUAAACUCGUACUCCAAUACAAAACGACGAGAAAAUGCAUGUAUAAAUAUACAUAUAUACGCCUCUUUAGAUAAUUUGUGGGAUCUUUUUUUAUUCUUUCGAAAUAAAUUGUUGAGCUUCAAAUUUCUGAGCUCAUUUCGGUCAUAGGCUUUUAACAUUCUUUAUUGCAUUUUUUGUAGUUAAUACGGACGAAUAUUUAAUCUUUGAAUUUUUGUAGUUUAGUCAUAAAAUUUAUUUACAUUUAAGGAUUCGAAUUUUUUAGUAUUAAGAGAAGAGUAUUUGAAUUGUUAAAUAAAUAAAAGGAAAUAAAUUACAUAAUAUUCUUUGACAAUACUCUAAGAAAACCGAGGAGCAUAGGGCACAAAUUAAUUAACAAUUAAUUUUCAGACAUAUGGAACCAUUAGAGCAUGAGCGGACCUUACUUAAUUGUAAGAGGCAUAGCCACACACAAGACUUUAGGUGGAAAUUGCAUGGAAGGUAUAGGCUGAAUCCAGUUGAAAUGAUUUGCUCCCUUUCUUUACUUUGCUUUCUUUUCGUCACCUCCUUCUUUGCGGGCUCUGUUUUUAUGAAGUCCAGAAAAUUGAAAUUUGUUUAGCUAGAUGCAAAGUGCAACCACUUAGCCAAAGCACACAAAAUAUUAGCCUCAUUUGUACGUAAAUAUUUUUAAUGACCUCUCCAAUUCACACGAAAACAAAUACUUUUAUAUGCACAUACACAUGCGAAGAGAAAGUUAAAUAAAGAAUAAAUAAAAUAUGAAA